AUGGACAACGACGAGAUCGCGGCCAUCGCGCGGACCUUCGACCUCUACGACACGGACGGCACGGGCCAGCUCGACCCCUCGGAGCUCCAGAAGCUCAUGAAGUCGCUGGGCAAGGAGCUCACGGAGGCCCAGUCCAACGCCAUGCUCAAGCGCCUCGACACGGACGGCGACGGCCUCGUGAGCCGCGACGAGUUCCUCGUCUGGUCCGCGAACAACCAGCCGACGGCCGCGACCGCGUCGUCCAUCGAGGCCACGGCCAAGGCCAUCUUCGCCAUGUUCGACGAGGACGGCAGCGGCUCCAUCACCUACCGCGAGUUCAAGGACGGCCUCACGCGCUUCGGCGUCGAGAUCUCCGACGACGAGCUCACGAUCCUCAUCGAGGAGCUCGACAAGGACCAGUCCGGCGACAUCGGCGAGGAGGAGUUCACCCACCUCCUCCAGCAGUUCACGCCCGAGGAGGAGUGA